AUGUCUACCGGAGCAUACUGGCCUGCGGGACACACAUCCAGCCUUUACCCCUCAGAAUAUCCACAGGGAAUACAGAGGCCCGUCGCCACGGUCAUGUGGGAUUACCAACAUUGCAUCCCCCUCGAUCAGAUUCCCACCAGAGACCUGCCUGUCCUUCUCUUGACCCCUGUCGUGGUACCUCCUGUGGGAAACGAUCCCACAGAUAACAGGGAUCCAUUUGAGAUACUUGGACAGACUCUCUCGGCUCGAAACAUUCCCAUAAACCAUGUUCCUUAUACCAAGAAUCAAGGGAUUACGGGUGUUCAUGUGGCCUUCAUCAGGAGGGCAAGGGCUGUGAUCUUCGUAAUCACCAACCUGGCGGGCACUGACGGCCAGCUACAAUUGGGAUUUUCUGAGCUUGUCGCACGAGCAUGCGAAUCACGGCCACUCAUCAAUUUGGUAUGCUGCAAUUUGGCAGGUCAAAAUAUCUCCAGCACGCAGUUCCGGACAUUGGUGCACAUCACUGGAUUCACAAACUCUGACCUCCUAGUGGCAGCUGCCCUGCUCCUGGAUGGCUGUUCGAGGCCGACAGUGUCUGUAGAUACCGGCACGCUCGCCCCCAGUGCAUCUGAUGCUGAGCCUACGUGGUCAGUGAGUCCCUGGAUCGCCGAGCGAGACCUGGCGGAAACAUGCGCUCUUUGGCAAGCUUGUCUUCCCCGACAGUUUCAUCUCAGCGCGUCUGCUCUCGGGUCUCUACUGAAGAGAGAUGGCUACGCAUUGCAUUACGUUGUGCGGGAGCCCGCGGGAGGGUCACUUGUUGGCUUUUGUGCAGCCUAUGCCACCUUUGCCGAUAGCUCCGACGUUGCUCUCAUAGGGUCCAUCGCGGCAAUCAUCGUGCAAGCUGAAUACCGAGGCCAGGGAAUUGGUUCUUCCCUUCACGAAGCCGCGAUGAACAGGCUCCACGGGGUCAGAGGCGUGCAGAGGCUACACUUGGGAACGACGUUUCCCCGACUAUUCUGUGGUCUGACCGCUGACAUGGCUGAUGCAGGUCAGUGGUUCGCGAGGAAAGGCUGGCCAGUCAACGCCCUGGAGCAUGGGGGCCAGGGCGGCCUUGUCAGUGACUGGCUUCUUCGCUUUACGGACUUGACAGGCGCCCUCAUACCCUAUUCUGGUCUGGGAUUUCGACUGUGCCACGAGGGGGAUGCGCACGAUGUGUUGGAUCUUGAGAAUCGCCCUCCUGCAACAACCAGCCACGGCUUCGGCUGGUACGACCAGUACGCUCGGACUCUGGACAGUGAAUAUAGAAGCGACAUCAUCGUUGCCUUUGACCAUGCUACAAUAGUAGCAACGGCCAUCACUUUUGUCCCUGGCCAGCAAAGUCCAGCAGCGACCGACAUUCCGUGGCCGGAAUCCUUGAACAGCAAUGUUGGAGGAGUAACGUGUAUUUGUAUUAAUGGUUAG